CUUUAAUUAAAUAAAGUUUUGAAUCCGGUUCAUUAGCAGCGGUCCAUCCAGCCCACCACUGUCUUCAAAUCUAAUUUCUUCUUCGUCUCUCUCUCCAGUUCUCCGUCUAGCCCACCGGAAAAGGAGCUCCCACGGUUUGAUUCACAGUGCAAAGAAAUGAGCGGCCACGACUCCAAAUAUUUCUCUACCACCAAAAAGGGUGAAAUCCCCGAGCUCAAAGAAGAACUCAAUUCUCAGUACAAGAAUAUCAUCUGCUUUGAUCUGCGGCGUCUGCCCGCCGAUGGCGUUUCAUUUUUCUGGGAUAAGAGGAAAGAUGCUGUUAAGAAGGUGAUAGCAGCAAUGACAGUGGGGAAGGAUGUGUCCUCGCUCUUCACAGAUGUUGUGAAUUGCAUGCAAACAGAAAAUCUGGAGCUCAAAAAGCUUGUGUAUCUGUAUCUCAUCAACUAUGCAAAGAGCCAGCCAGAUCUUGCUAUUCUUGCUGUAAAUACAUUUGUAAAGGAUUCCCAGGACCCAAAUCCUUUGAUCCGUGCUUUAGCUGUGAGGACAAUGGGAUGCAUUCGAGUUGAUAAAAUCACAGAGUAUUUAUGUGAUCCCUUGCAGCGGUGUCUCAAGGAUGACGACCCAUAUGUUCGCAAGACAGCAGCUAUAUGUGUUGCAAAGCUUUAUGACAUUAAUGCCGAGUUAGUGGAAGAUAGAGGUUUCCUGGAUGCGCUCAAGGAUUUAAUAUCAGAUAACAACCCCAUGGUUGUUGCGAAUGCUGUUGCCGCACUGGCAGAGAUUCAAGAGAGUAGCAGCAGGCCCAUAUUUGAGAUAACUAGUCACACUCUGUCAAAGCUUCUUACUGCUCUAAAUGAAUGCACAGAAUUAUCCUUCAUUAUUGGACACUACAGUUUGAUGGAACCUGUUAAACCCAGUAGGCUAUGGGGUCAGGUUUUUAUUUUAGAUGCUCUUUCCAAGUAUAAAGCGGCGGAUGCUCGUGAAGCCGAAAAUAUAGUUGAGCGAGUUACUCCUCGUUUACAGCAUGCAAAUUGUGCUGUUGUUCUCUCUGCUGUCAAGAUGAUCCUUUUACAAAUGGAACUGAUUACCAGCACUGAUGUUGUUAGAAACCUAUGCAAGAAAAUGGCCCCACCUCUGGUGACAUUGCUUUCUGCAGAACCAGAGAUUCAGUAUGUUGCUCUGAGGAACAUAAAUCUUAUUGUGCAAAAGCGUCCCACUAUUCUUGCCCACGAAAUCAAGGUGUUUUUCUGCAAAUACAAUGAUCCGAUUUAUGUGAAGAUGGAAAAGUUAGAAAUUAUGAUAAAGCUUGCUUCUGACAGGAAUAUUGACCAAGUUCUAUUGGAGUUCAAAGAGUACGCUACGGAAGUGGAUGUGGACUUUGUCAGGAAAGCUGUCCGUGCUAUUGGACGAUGUGCCAUAAAAUUAGAGAGAGCGGCUGAACGUUGCAUUAGCGUCUUACUUGAGUUGAUCAAGAUCAAAGUAAACUAUGUCGUGCAAGAAGCUAUAAUAGUGAUUAAGGAUAUAUUUAGGAGAUACCCCAACACCUAUGAGUCCAUAAUUGCUACACUUUGUGAGAACUUAGACACCUUGGACGAGCCAGAGGCAAAGGCGUCAAUGAUCUGGAUAAUUGGUGAAUAUGCCGAAAGAAUUGAUAAUGCCGAUGAGCUCCUAGAAAGUUUUUUAGAAACUUUUCCAGAAGAACCUCCACAGGUCGUUCUGAAUAAUGCAACUGUGGAGACUGAUAAUCCUGACCUUAGAGAUCGUGCAUACAUUUAUUGGCGGCUCCUUUCAACUGAUCCGGAGGCAGCAAAGGAUGUUGUUUUAGCCGAAAAGCCCGUGAUUAGCGAUGACUCGAAUCAGCUCGAUCCAUCUCUCCUGGACGAGCUUCUUGCCAACAUUGCCACAUUAUCAUCUGUAUACCACAAGCCACCCGAAGGAUUUGUGACUCGUGUGAAAACCGUCCAGAAAACAGAGGAAGAGGAGUAUCCCGAUGGUGAAGGAGGUAAUUCUGAAUCACCUUCCAAUGCAGGUACUUCUGGUGGUGCCUCAUCGCCAGCUGUCACAAGUGCUGUGCAGCCCUCUGCCGGAAGGCAACCAGCUCCUGCUCCUGCAGCCGUGCCCGAUUUACUUGACCUGAUGGGCAUGGAUGGUAACAUUAGUGCCCUGGUGCCAACUGAACAACCUGCAACCCCAGCUGGACCUCCUUUGCCGGUUUUAUUGCCGGCACACACUGGCCAGGGCCUACAAAUUAGUGCCCAGCUGGUAAGAAGAGACGGGCAGAUGUUCUACAGCAUGUUAUUUGAGAACAAUUCUCAGAUACCACUCGAUGGGUUUAUGAUUCAGUUCAACAAGAACACCUUUGGUCUUGCUGCAGGUGCACCUCUUCAGGUCCCCCAAUUGCAAUCUGGGACAUCUGCAAGCACCCUUCUGCCUAUGAUUUUGUUCCAGAACGUAUCUCCUGGCCCACCGAGCACGCUUCUGCAAGUUGCUGUGAAAAAUAAUCAGCAGCCUGUCUGGUAUUUCAAUGACAAAAUUUCACUGCUUGCAUUCUUUUCAGAAGAUGGGAAAAUGGAGCGAUCCACAUUCCUUGAGACUUGGAAAUCUCUCCCCGACUCGAAUGAGGUCUCGAAGGAUUUUCCGUCAAUCUUGCUGAAUAGCGUCGAGUCAACUUUGGACCUUCUGGCUACAUCCAACAUGUUCUUUAUCGCCAAACGCAAGCACUCAAAUCAAGACGUGUUGUACCUCUCGGCCAAGAUCCCUCGAGGUAUUCCUUUCUUAAUCGAACUCACUGCAGCAAUUGGUGUUCCGGGCCUCAAAUGUGCUAUAAAAACUCCAAGCCCGGAAAUGGCUCCACUCUUCUUUGAAGGGAUCGAGUCUCUUCUCAAAAGCUAGUGUUUUGUGUAUUUUUUUUUUGAUCUUGGAUCUGGGGUGGUCUUCCGUAAUUUUUUUGAUUGAAACUACUUAUCGUUGGGUAUCUGUUGUAUUUUCCCGUUAAUUGAGAACCGCCAUUACAGGUAGUAAUGUAUUUCAGACUUGCAUACUCGAUAUUUAUUAAGCUCUCUGGAAAUGGAGUUUGCUUGUUACCCUGUGAAGUUUUUGUUAAUAUUUAUGGCA